UUGUAGGUGGCUGUGUGCUUGUUACCCACUGCUGAGCCUGGGGCUGCUUUUUCAUCACCGUGACCCAGAUCUAAAUUUGAAAUCCUUCAUCAGAUGGCUUUUUUAUCAGUACUGAUAAUCUUUGCAGCAGAGACCGUCCUAGCAUGCCUUGCCAGUGAGAGCCUGCAGAUAAAGAAUUCAAGUUUGCAUCAUCUGACACAAAAUCUCUUGAUCAACUACAGUAGAGACGUCAGACCCGUGAAAAACUGGACUCACGCCACCACAGUGUACAUAGAUCUCUUUGUCCACGCGGUGUUAGAUGUUGAUGGACAGAAUCAGAAGCUGACCACCAGUAUUUGGUAUCGACAGAUGUGGAAUGAUGAAUAUCUGGCCUGGAAUUCAAGUCAGUUUGAUGGAAUUGGAGAAAUCUCCCUCCCGCUCAAUGCCAUUUGGGUACCAGACAUUGUCAUUAAUGAAUUUGUGGAAGAUGGAAAGUCACCUGAUUUGCCAUAUGUCUAUGUCAGCUCUUCUGGAACCAUCAGGAACUACAAGCCCAUGCAGGUGGUGUCAGCUUGCAGUCUGGAAACCUAUGCCUUCCCAUUUGAUAUACAGAACUGUAGCCUGACCUUCAGCAGCUGUUUGCAUACAGUGAAUGAUGUCAACCUGUCUAUCUGGAGGAGUGUAGAAGAAAUCAGUAAUGAUAAAAGCAUAUUUCUUAAUGAUGGCGAGUGGGAGCUUCUGUCUGUACCUUCCAACUACGAGAUCCUACAGACCCACGGUGGAAGCUUUGCCCAGGUCCAGUUUAAUCUUGUUAUCCGCCGUCGCCCCCUGCUGUAUAUUGUAAGCAUUCUCUUGCCCAGCAUUCUACUUAUGGUUGUAGACCUCAUGAGCUUUUACCUGCCCCCUGACAGUGGGACUCGGAUAAUGUUUAAAACCAGUAUCCUUGUUGGCUACACAGUUUUCAGAGUGAACAUGGCGGAUGAACUGCCGGCCACCACUUUGAGCGUGCCAUUAAUUGGUAUAUUCUUUGUGGUGUGCAUGGUCCUCAUGGUGUUGAGUCUUGGAAAAUCUAUUGUGGUGAUAAAGUUUCUUCACAUCGAUAAAGAAGAAUCAGGGGGUCGUCUGAUAUCCCGUUGUCCCAUGCUUGCUCAAGGAACGCAUCAAAAUGAAAAUAUAGACGAUAUCUCUGUGGGUUCGAUAAAUGAAACAGCAGAAAGCAACUGUGGUAUAGAGGACGAUAUGUUUCCAAGCCCUCCUAUACCAGAUGAUCCACUAAUGGAGCAGAUCCUACAGGAGGUGACAUCAAUCCGUUCCUACAUCCAAGAGAUGGAAUCAGAAGAAGCCUGGCAUGCUCGCUGGGUCAGCCUGUGCUAUAGAUUAGAUAGCCUUAUGUUCCGAACCUAUUUGCUGCUGUUUGCAGCCUAUGCAAGCACUCUUAGUUUUUUAUGGUGGUCAUGGAGCUCUUACUGUGUAGCCUCAUAAAAGCACCUAAGUUGCUUGUACAAGUUAAUGCAUUACAAUUGUAUUUUGUGGUUGAAAUGGGGUACUGACACUUUUUAUUUUUAAUUUAAAAUUGCUUAAUUGAGACAGGAAGAAUUUAUUAUAGUUACUUGCCCUAAAGUCAUUAGUGUUAAAAUAAGGUAACUGAAUUCAUGUAAUAACCAACCCAACUACAUUGUUUAAUUUAUUUCUACAUCUCUUUCUGGCUCUCUGAUCCUUUAAAAAAAAUUCUUUAUAGAAAGCAUCUGACUUUAUAUGAGGGCUGGAGUGCCAAAUAUGGUAAAGGACGGAUUUGUGUAGAAUGGAGAGAAAGAAAAAGAAAUGUUCCUUAUACAAAACCUAAAGCUUAAGAACAAAUAUGACUUCACGUUUUAAAACUAAUAAUUGGUUUAAAACGUGUAAGUUUAUUUAAAUACAUAAAAUGAAAUGACAUCUAAACCCUGGUCUGCAAUUUUAAUAUUAAUAAGAAUGUUUUCUCAAACAUUAUUAAGUAAUCAAGAAAUAAGAAGUCUGAGAAAUU